GUCAUGGCGUCCCGUGCGCGUGGGUGUGUCCGUGGAAUCUGAGGAGAAAGAUGGCUGCGGGACGAAGGGAGAGGUUGACAAUUUUGAGAUUCGCUGUGUCAGGAUAGACAAGUUACGGCGGAGGACGAAGUGGAAAACAGCACGUGCUUGCGUGUGUGUGGAGGAGUCUAUGUAUCGGUAUGGCGUAUAGUGCCGACAGCAAACUGGAUGACAGGCAGUGCAGACAAGCCUCACAUGCUCACACACUGAUCACUGGUGUACAGUGACUGUUGCUGCAGACAUCAGCAGGAUUCCAUCCUUUCUAUGAUUUUACCUUUUAUUUCUUCAACCUGGACUCUUCAUUUCUUGAUUUUUGGACACCUUUUGUGAGCCGCCUUUCCCCCUUCCCCUUUUCCCUUUUCUUACCCUCUUCACACUUUUCUUCCCUCUCUCCCCUUAAUAUUUUCCCCUGUUGACCUUUUGAUCAAAUUUGGAUCAGCUUGUGCACUAAGAUGAGUUGGCUGAGUCGUUUAAAUCCAAGGGGUCCAGGCACUCGGACCGGUCGACAUGCAGCCCCGUCCAGCCCAUGUACUGCUGACCCUGAGACUUGUCUUAUGGUGUUUGAAAACCACUGGAGACAGGUGUCAGGGGUGCUGAAACAGAGAGAGGCUUCAGUGGGUGGUUAUGCUGAUGAUCUCACUGCAGUUCGAAAUCACACAGAUCAGAUGCUGUGCCUGCUAGCUGAAGAAAGGCCAGCAGGGGGAGACAUUGAAUCACCAGCAAUGGGUCCUAUUCUGGAGAUGGUGGUGACGGAGAACAUCCUGGAUGAGUUGGUACAGUGGCAUGUGCGCCGUGGUCUGGAUCCAGACAGCCAGCUAGAGCUGUUGAAAUUGUUUGAGAUGCUGAUCGGACAGUCACAUCAGCCCCUGCUCCUGCACAGUGCAGUGCUACAGCCGCUGCUAAACCUGCUGGGAGCAUGUGUGGAUCCCCAGCUGGGCUCCCCUCCUGCCCUAGAGUCCAGCCUCGUACUGCUGCUAAAUCAGGUAUGUGUGUGUAUGGCGAAGGAAACUGCAGUUUUGGAGUUGAUAUUUAGGUGUGGACUGGUACAGCAGGGUCCCACUAACCUGCUGAUCUUCUCCCUGUUGGUGCCAUUUAUUCAUCGAGAUGGCUCUCUGGGACAACAGGCCCGUGACGCGCUGCUGCUCGUCAUGGCAACCUCUGCCAGCAACCACGCUGUUGCACGUCACAUCGCAGAGAACUCCUACUUCUGCCCAGUGCUAGCGACGGGGCUGAGUGCACUGUACUCAUCCCUGCCACGGAAGAUUGAGGUGCGGGGCGAUGACUGGCACGCCCUGCGGAGGGAGGACUGGAUGGCCGUUUCCUCUAUAGUGCUGUUCAUGAACAGUCUUGAAUUCUGCAACGCUGUAGUACAGGUGGCACACCCCCUUGUGCGCUGCCAGCUCCUUGACUACCUCCACAACGGCUUCCUGGUUCCAGUCAUGGGCCCCGCUCUGCACAAGUCGUCAGUGGAUGAGAUGAUAGCAAGCACGGCAUAUCUGGACUUGUUUUUACGCAGUAUCACGGAAACUUCCCUCCUUAAGACCUUCCUGCGCUUCAUUCUGUUGCACCGCCAUGACAACGACACCAUCCUUGAUACACUACUCACACGCAUCAGCAGCAACUCACGGCUGUGCAUGGUCUCUCUGAGUCUGUUUAAGACAUUGCUCAGUCUCAACUGCGAAGACCUCAUGCUCCAGCUUGUUCUCAGGUAUCUGUUGCCAUGCACACAUGUAAUGCUGAGUCAGCGAAGGGCAGUCAGAGAAACAGACCUCUAUGGAAAAUCAGCUGACAAGUUCCUUUCCCUCAUACCAGAAUGCUGCCGAAUCACUCCAGCACCCUCUAGUGAGCGGGAUGAUGAGCCUGCCUUUUGGGGAAAGGUGAUAGGUAGUCCCACUUCAGAGUCACCGGUUCACCCCAGACCCAGCACUCCUUCCCGCCUCGCUCUCUUUAUUCGACAGCAAAGCUCAGGAGGCCAAGCAAACCCCACCUCGUCUGGCUCGGAGAACGCUCCCUCUUCUCCUCGUGGUAGUGUUUCCUCCCCUCUGUCUCCUGACAGCCCAAUGCACCAACUCCCAGACACUUCAGAAGGAGAGACUGGCUACCUGGAGUAUCUGCGUGAUGCUCGCAAGGGUAUUGAGCUCUGCUCCUGGGCCUGUCGAGACUGGUCAGCCCCUUACGAUGGAGAAAAUCCCUCUCCAAACUCUGCUCCUCCUCCACCUCCACCUCCUACAUCCAACCCCUCCCUCAAUAUGGUACAAGAGCAUUUCUCCAUAAUGGACCGCCCUCAGCAGAGGGCAGCAGUGGUUGCUGCAGCACGUGCGGAGUGGAGCAGUUCCGAUCGAGAUAGUGGAGAGUGGGAUGUUACCAUCAGCAAGAACUGUAUCAGUCUCACACCCCGCAGUAAGAAACGCAGCCUUCUUCCCAGCUCUGUACCUCUACAGUCUUCAUCAUUUGCAUCAGUCUCUACAGAAAUAACCGGUGCUGUGGAAACUGUAUCCCAACACUCUCAUUCGGCAUCUCAUCCAGCGCUCCAUAAUGGGAUGGGGCAGGUGGAGCUCACAGACAGUGUGGAUGAGAAAAUGGAGGCUAAGAAAGUGAAAAGGGAAACUGAUGUAAAUAACAGCGUGGUGAAGGCAGGGAUGAACGGGUCGAUGGGUAUGGGCCCUGUCGACUACAAUGAUUUCAAUGUAAGAUCGGCAAUUAAUUCAUCUCAGGUGCAGGUGAAGCCACAUCUGCAACAUCAAACCUCCAUGCCCUCUUCUACCCAAGAGUGUCUACAAAGUGAGAGCCAGAGAGUAUCUCCUGUUCCUGCCUUGACUGAGACUUCCACAGUUCCCCAUGACAUCAGGGGUCCAGAGUCCGUUGAGCGUCUGAUUGAGGAGUUGCUGGAGCGGGCGCCGUCGGAGCCAUUGUCUGGAGACUCGAAAUGCCAGGGAAUCAGCAUAGAGGCUUUUCACCAGGAGCUGAAGGAGCUGGAGGAACGUGUAAGAGAGAGGAGGGUUCUCUCGCGCAGCUCGGAGGAAUCUCGCACUGCUCCUGCUCCCAGCCUGACAGAUGAGGACUGUCUUCCAGUGGAGACUGAGCAGUGCACCAGUGAAACGAAGCCUGACAGCACUGCCACGGGGGUAUUUAGCCCCGCACGAUCCCUUGGACCACCUCUUACUCAACCAUACACAGGUCCAUUUAUAACAGCCCUGUUCAGUAAACUGGAGAGUAUGAUGCAGAACUCCUUAUAUGUGAACAUUUUGCUGACGGGUGUUGUGUUCCAGCUGGCCUGUUACCCUCAGCCUCUUCUCCGCUCUUUCCUCCUCAACGCCAACAUGGUGUUUCAGCCCAGCAUUAAAUCACUCAUACAGGUGCUGGGAUCAGUAAAAAAUCGCAUUGAAGCAUUUGCAGCAACACACGAGGAUUUCCCUGCCAUGUUAAGAAAGGCUCGCCGCUUUCUGGUUGCAAGAGGAAAAUUAGACUGGUCUGACUCACCCAUGGGAGUCCCCAACCUUCGUCGCUCAGACUCAUUAAUUAAAAGCCGAAAACCAUCUCUGGGUGAUCUUAUCCUGAGGCAUACGAACAGUCCUACGAGAGCUCGAUAUGCAGCUCAGUUGGCAUUGUCCCACGUAAGGGAUGGAGGGCAGUCCCUCCACAGUGCUUUGUUUCGGGGUGGUGCGGCCGGUGGGGCCUCUGGUCUGGAAAAGCAGGCAGAGGCCCUAAGGGUAAAAAAUGCAGUCUACUGUGCUGUUAUUUUCUCAGAGUUUCUCAAAGAGCUAGCUGCUCUUGCACAGGAGCAUGCCGUAGCCCUACCCUUCCCACCUAGUCAAGGCACUGAGGAAUAACACCAGGCCAAAAUAUUCCUCUGUACUUGCUUUAUCCACUGUUCCUGGCACUGAGCUGUAGACCAUUAUAUCCCUGAGAUAUUUCAAACAGUCUUUUUUUUUUCAAGGGACAUAAUGCACUCAAAGAGACAAGAAAAAUCAGUUGAUCAUAAAGGUAAAGAGAGAGGUUAAUUAUCUCAUGUGCAUAAUGUAAUUUUUUUUUUAUUGUACAGGACCAUUUAUUCAUUAAGCUUAAGGAAAUUGUGCAUAUCAAUUGUAUAUAGUCUAUAUAAAAUAUCUAUGUGUAUAAUGAUUUUUGUACACUCAGAGAGACUCUGAGCUGGAGGAAUUGGGCGUAAACUUGCACUCCUUACGUUUCUAAGUCACUUCAGAGACUAGCUAAAGUAGACUCACUACACACAGUUCUUUUAAACUUUUAUGGGUGCGGAAGUGCCAUUUACAUUUUUAACAAUGUUGGACGGUUAUUUUGUCUUUUAUAGAAAAUAGGUCUGUGACAUCACACCAAGAUAUAUCAGAAAUAAUCAUCCUGCCGUUUUUUUAAAGGACGAGAUGUCAGAUGCAGUUUACCAAUUACAAGCCGGGCAAUAAGUCCUCUUUAUUGAGACAUCUCUGAAAAAUCAACAGGUGACACAAUACUCAAGUCCUGCCGAUCUUUAGUUCAACAUCGUGAGGGAUGUUAGAGCCAGUUCAGUUAGAGAGAAGGUUUAUUUUCCUAACCUCCGUCCCAAUAAAAGGCUGAUUUAUUUAGCAUAGAUGUCAAGUUUUAGUUUGAAUUCUUGUGUCUUGUUGCAGCUGCACGUUUUCCAGGAUGAGUUUCUGGACGUCUAAGGGAAAUGCAAAUGGUACAUUCACCUAGCUUGACAUUACAUAUCUUCAGGGUUUUUUUCUUGAGGUUGGUGGGGGGGGGUGGGGGGGGUACUGGGGUACUGAUUUUUCUGCCCACAGAGAUCUCCUAUACUGGAUUUUAGCAUCCCUUUUGGGGUCCGACUAGGUGCUAAUGUCUGAAAUAUUUGGCUGGUAUGAGCAAAGAGAAGCUUGCUUAAUAAUUACCUGUCCCUUUAAGGAGUGAGCCAAGUUAUGUGACUCAUAAGCCAUCUUAGUGUUGAAUCAAAGUGUUUUUUUUUUUUUUUUUCUGUUUAUUAGUUGAUUUUGCUAGUGUUAUGGAGUAUGAGUGAAAUCAGCCGUAAUGUGUGCUAAGUGGAAACAUCACUCCACUUUUUAAUUUGUUUAUUGCCAAAAUACUUUAGACACUUUAAUUUUCAGAAUGGAAGUUAGGACAUGCAUGUGCUUUUAUGAGAUUUUUUUUUUAAUAGCAAGAUCAUUUUUUUUUUUUUUUUUUUUUUUUUUUUUUUGGGGAACAGUAUUGUUUCUGCCCCUUGUGUAUCGUUAAUAUGCUGAUCUGAAAUCAUCCAUCCAAGAGCUCUUUUAUCAUCCACAAGCCAUAUGUGCAUUACCCCAGUUACUUAAUUUUCAUUGCAAGCAUUCAUUGUUCUUGCUGUUUCACUUGUGUCAGUUCAGUAAUUCUGUUCGAUCAAAUAUCAUUUGGGCAUAAUCUUUGAUCAGUUUCUAGAUGUAAGAGCAGACAAUUUGAAAGUCAGUUAUAUAUUAUUUUCUGGUUACAUCUAGCUGCUGAAUUAUCAGUCCAUCCAUUUUCUCCUUAUCUAUCCUCCCAUCCACAGAAAAUUUGAGCAGCAUAUUAGUGUGAUGGUUCUCUGCUUUUGUUAGUUAAAAUCUGAAAUGGUUAGCAUGUAAAUUCCAUAUUUAGGGAGAAUGUUAGACGAUGUUACUUUCAAGAAAAAUCAUUUGUGCUUUCCCUGAAACAUGCUCUAAUGUCUGUAUGGGUGAAAAAGAUGAAAUGGAAAGGAUAAAGAGAAAGAGGUUGAAUGAAUAAACGGUACAUAUGUCAGAGUUCAAUUAUCUCUGUGGAGUGGUUAUUAUAUUUCUGUUCAGUUUCUAAGUUAGAAAUCAAAUAGGCCUGUACAACUGAUGUGUGUCAUAAGAUACCAAUGCACAAGAAACACCCAUCGUUUUUAUGAUGUAAUUGUAUGCCUGACGUGGUGGAGAUAAGCUUGUUUUUCUUUUUUUACAUAUGUUUUUGAUAUGAUUUAGACAUUUAGAAAAAUCAGGAGCUCAAUGAUUGUGUAUCCUUGUUAAGGAAAAGUGUUUGUUUGAAUCAAUGUACAUUGCACAGUUAAGUUAAGUUGAUUUUUCUGUAUUUGGUUUUCUGCCCAUUUGUUUGAGUGAAACGAUGUUGACAAGGACUUCUGCAGCUUGUUAUCUAUGCAAACUGGUUACUGGGUAAGCAAAGAUGGUUCAACUUUUGGGGACAAACACAAACUAAAUUGGCAAUCUGGAACCCCACUCUUCAAUAAUUUACUUAUCCCUUAUCGAUUCAAUAAUCUACUGGACUGUAUGGAAACUGAUGCAAAAUGAUGAAUGUUAUCAAAAUAUUUUUCUAUGUAUAAAAUGGAGGACAGUGGAACUGAAUGGAGAUUUAAAUCAAUGAAGAAAACCUUCAAAGACAAACACUAAAAGGGAAUGUUUUUAUUAAUUUAUAAAUGUUUUACCUGGCAAUA